AUGUUGCGUUUGAGAUUUAUGCCUGGAUGGAUCCCCAGAAAUGGGUUUUUUGUUUUGAAAGAGACAAUUAGUGCGGCACAUAAGAGAUCUUAUGCUCUGGCUUCUGAACAACCCUCAAGAAAGACAGUAAAACCGCUGGACUCAAGGAAGACGUUUCUCAUCGAUACAUACAAACAUUUAAUGGAAAAGAGUUCCAUGGUUCUCUUCGUCCAUUACAAUAAUCUUUCUAAGACAGAAGAUCACCAUUUCAGAUUCAAGAUUAAACAGACAGGAGGGAAACUCACGAAGGUAAGAAACAACUUGUUCGAAGUCUACUUGAGAAAUUCACAUCUACCCGAUCCAUGUGGCUUUGUGAGGCGCAAAGAACAAAACUGGAAACACCCCCUCUUGCCACUAUUGAAGGGUCCCACGGCCACCAUUACGUUCGAAGACACUAACCCCCAGCAAAUUGCCAGGCUGUUGAAAACCUUGCAGACAGCACAAGACAAGUUGUUGGUGAUUGGUGCCAAAGUGGAAAACGAAGUUCUGGACGUGGAAAAGAUAAACACUUUUAAGACUCUCCCCACAAAGCCGGAAAUGCAAUCCCAGUUAGUUAGCGUUUUGCAAAUGCUCAGUGGGUUGGGGUUGGUUCGUACAUUGGAAAAAGGUUCGAAUGCGCUUUAUUUGACACUAAAAUCUCACCAUGACAACCAAAAACCCAAGGAGGAUGUGGAGACAAGUGCGGACGCAGAAUCAAAGGGAUCAAAGUAA